AAACGAAGGAUUUUUUUUCCCCACCGGAAGCGCUCUGCCACUGGAGUUCCCCCGGUAAAGUGGAGAGUGGCCGUGAGUGCCAAACAGUGGAGGCAACAGCCGCGCAGAAUUUGGGCUUUAAGUUGGCCAAGACAUGUUUUAGACCUGGGAAGGUGCAUCGUUACCUGCCAUAAUGAUUCCCAAACACACUUCCUGCACUGAUGUUUGAUAUUUGGAAUGGCUACUGCUGAUGAAUCCUACGUGGAAGGACAAAAUGGAAGCUUUGUUUCCUACUUGAUUACAAUAGUGGAAAAAUGGACUGGCUUGGAAAUCCUGGAAGGCUCCUUGAAUUACCUGGAUUAUCUCCUGUGGGUCUUCACUCCCCUCAUUAUUGUCUUCAUCCUCCCACUGUUUAUUAUACUAUUCCUGUACCUUUCAAUUCUUUUUCUACAUGUAUAUAAAAGAAAGAGGGAGUUGAAAGAAGCUUAUUCAAAUAAUGUUUGGGAUGGUGCAAGGAAGACUUUGGCAACUCUUUGGGAUGGACAUGCAACUAUCUGGCAUGGUUAUGAAGUUCAUGGAUUAGAAAAAAUCCCUCAUGCAGGGCCUGCCCUGAUCGUUUAUUAUCAUGGAGCCAUACCUGUGGACUAUUACUAUUUCUUAGCUCGAGUAAUUAUCCAGAAAGGAAGAACCUGCCAUUCUGUAGCUGACCAUUUCCUUUUUAAGCUACCAGGUUUUAAAUUGUUGUUGGAAGUUUUUAGUGUAAUGCAUGGUCCUCAAGAGGAAUGUGUCAAAGCUUUGAAAAAUGGACACUUGUUGGCCAUCUCACCAGGUGGAGUCCGGGAAGCACUGUUCAGUGAUGAGACCUAUAGAAUAUUUUGGAGACGACGGAAAGGAUUUGCCCAGGUGGCAAUUGAUGCUCAAGUGCCCAUUAUUCCUAUGUUUACGCGGAAUAUUCGAGAAGGAUUUAGAACAUUUGGAUGCUUUGGCAUUUGUAAAUGGUUGUAUGAAAAAUUUAAAUGGCCAUUUGUUCCAAUUUAUGGAGGAUUUCCUGUCAAGUUUUGCACCUAUUUGGGUGACCCUAUUCCUUAUGAUCCCAAUAUAACCGCUGCUGAGCUGGCUGACAAGGCAAAGCAAGCUGUGCAGAACCUAAUAGACAAACACCAAAUAAUACCUGGAAAUAUUCUACGAGCCCUUUUAGAGCGUGUUCACUGGAGACAAAAAAAUGAAUGAUUGUAUGCUUUUAAGAACUCAUCUGAAGGACACUUUUUAAAACAUUUUCAUUUUCAAGAAUCUAUUCAAAUACUGAAUUAUGUCUCUUGUUAUGCAUUAAAAUUACUCUGUUGAACAAUUCUUUUGCGCCAUUAUUAAUGUUGUUAUCAAUUUCCUAUCAGUUUUGGUAUGAAAAGUUGAAUGUUCAAUGUCCUGUAUCAAAUACCUCUCUCCAUUACAUUCUUGACCUCAGGUAGAUAUAGAUAUAGUGAUGAUACACUGAGGAAGGAAGGACCAGAAGCUUUUCCUUGGAAUCUCAUGGUAGGUGGUCAUAAAUGGAGGUGCCAAAUGCCUUUGUAAGUGGGCUGAAGAAUAGUAUUGCUAGAGUAAUGGAGACAACUUCCACAGGAGAUGGAUACCUGUCAAAUUGUGGUUAGUGGAUAUUAUUAUAAACAUCUGAUGAUAUAUUCACCAAAUUAAAUAUUGGAAAUGUUUGUUAAUGGUCCCAGGCUGAUACCAGAACGUCCACAUGCAUUAAAGAUAUCAAUCUUUUGUCUCCCAAAUUUUUGUUAUUAAAUAGAUGAUAUUAUCUCAUUUUGAUAUUUCAUUCUAUGUUCAUAACUCAUUAAUGCAGCUUGUGCACAUAGUAAUGUUUCAAUAAAACAAGUAGUUUUCUCCCAAUAGUAGGCUCUUUAGCAGUCGGCAAGUAAUUCUCAUUGAUUUGGGAUAUAUUUACGUUACAUACCACCUUGAUACUUUUCCUAAAACUGAAUGAUUUUAUCUGUUUUGAGAAUGUUCAAGCUGAUCACAUGUGUAGCAAAAAGCAUUUAGUUUACCUGUUAGCCUGUUAAUAAUGAGUUGUAGGUUGUAGCUUUAUGUGAAUUUACAAUCUGACAUCAAGAGAUCUUGCACUGAUUCAGCAUUUCCAGAGUCUAAGAUAAAUAGAAUAUCAUCCCAAAAUUGUAGGAAAUAAUUUGAUUUGCAAAAGUUACUGUAAAUUGUUCUACAUUUCCUGUCUAAGAUGCUUAACACCCCGUUUUAUGAGGGGGGAAAUAUACCUAUCAAAUGCAUUUACAACAUAACUGGAACCAGCAUCCCAUAUUUUAAACUGGUGUUAAUCAUUUUUGUAUGAUCUAAUCAUUUUUAUUUAAAAUAACCUUUCUCAGUACAAAUUUAUUUCUUUAAUUCAAAGCAUUACAAGUUUAUUUCUUUAAUUCAAAAACAACUAUAUUGUUUCAGUUAGUGACAUGACCAUAGAUAUAAAUUUUAAAAAAUAAGGAAUUUAUUAUUUAAAAUACAGGUUUUUCUCAGUGUAUCUGAAUGGUACCCUUAUAAAUUUUAAGCAAUAUUAACAUGCCUAUGUUAUUGCGUGAUGAAGUGGAAUUUAACUAAGUUGGGCUGAUUUGUUUUUUUUUGGCCAUCUCUUGCAAUUUGGACAGAUUCUUAAAAAAAAACAAUGUUUUAAAAUACUGGCCUCAAAGAAAUUUAAAUUAUAUUGUAUCUUUUACAAUAGCAUAAUCCAGAACACAUUACAAUGAUUUUCUUUUGAUAUAAUCACAUUUAGUAAGUACAGGAGCUAUAUGUACUCCAAAAAACAACAAGUGUGCUAUUAAUUUGAUUUUGGAAGCAUGGCCAGGUUUAAAUGUUUCAUGGACAAGGUUAACUCCCCUGACAUUUUGAGUAAUGUUAAUGAAAUAUUUUGUAGUACCUUGAACAAGCAAAUAGGAAGUUGAUUUAACAACUCAUUCAAAACACAUAGUUGAUAGUAACCACUAGGUACUGCAGAUGCAGGAUAUCCAGAGCAAUCAUGGAUGGGAAUAAACAGUCGACAUUUCUGGCCAAGACACUUCAUCGGGAGUCCUGAAACGUCAACUGUUUAUCCCCAUCCACUGAUGCUGCCUGACCUGCUGAGCUCCUCAAGCACAUGGUGCGUAUUGUAGUUGAUUUUGCUGUCUUAAGCAGUAUUGUUGGUCAGUCUUAAGAGUUGCUGAUCAUGAGACCUGCAACAUUCUAAUUUGGGGCUGAGAUUACUGCCAUGGUCCCAUUUUAUUCAACAUUCAGAUAUUUAUAUGCAAAUUGGAACAUUCCAAUUAAAUCCAGUCAACUUCGAGCUUGUGGAAGCUUUUUUUUUGUCCUAAAAUAGGUCUUUCUAUUGUUUGGACUAGUGUCUUGUGUUUCAAUGUGAAUAAUGUGGAAGUUAACUUUCCCUGUUAGAUGAGCACUAUAGUAAAGUAUAGGUGAGUAGAAGUAGUACUGACCAAUUCUGGAUGAAAUCAUAGUUGCAAUUUUAUUUUCCAUCUAUUUUAAUUCUUUUUUCCAUUUUUUCUGUUUCUACAUAUCCAAUCCAGAUAUCAAAUAGGAUUUAAAGAAAUCUCACUUCUAGCAAUGCUGUCAUUAAUUUGCUGCCAAAGUGUUUUCUUUUUCCAAGACUGAACCAAAUUAAUAAAUACAGGAAUAAAUAAUUGGGCAGCGAAUUUAACUAACUUGUAAUGGCUGCUUGAAGAGUUCUGAUAACAUAUAGUCCUUAGUGCAAAGCAAUAUACACAAAAUAUGGUUUUGUCUUGUUACACUUAAAAAGAUAGACAGAAACAUUAAAUUUAAAUGAUGUGUUUUAAUAAUUCACAAAGCUGAUAUUUUACAUAACAAAAUAUUCCAAGUAUAAAAUGUGAUCCCAUUUACUGUCAGAAAGCAGGCAUGGAAAGAACAGCCAUUACAUUUAGUAAAGACUUGUUUAUUUCAGGUUUGGCUCCCAGUUGUACAAGACUCUUGCAUUGUGAGCCAGAGCACUUACACAAUAGAGAAUGAAUGAUCCAUAUGCUGCACUUCACUGCACUAUAUAUUCUAAGAAGCACAGCUUCAGAAACCCUCUUGGUGCUUUUUGUAAUAUCCACUUUUUUGAUGUGAAUAUCCCUUUAAGAUUAUCCACAGUUGGCUGAUCCAUUAAAUGAAUGUAUUUAAAUAUGGAAUUUUUAUUUGAAUUGAACAAUAUCAAAUGUUGGGCUGUAAUAUUGUAUGUGAGCAGAUUCUGCUUGCACAUGGGUCAAAACAUUUGAUAUAUUUUGAUUCUGUUUGUGACCAAUCACAGCUUAUUCAUGUUCCUUGUAUAAAAUUUAAAUCCUGAUUGCAAUAUUUGUAAGUAGCAAAUUGUACUUGAAAUUCUAGGGUCCUGAUGUCAUAACUUUGACCAAAACAUUUUUCUUAUGCAUUCGUUAAUAAAUUCUAUUAGUACAUGUUGAUCUGUACUUUGUUUGCUGUGAUAAUCCCUAUACAGUGGGUUCUGGUUAAUUAGGACACAUCGGGACCAGUAUGUUUUUGGCCCAGUAAAGCGGCUGCCUUAAUUAGCCAAAGAUUCAAGGAAAUAGUUGAAUGAUAUAAGAAAGACAAACUGCAAAAUUAUGUAUUUAAAUGAAAUAACAAAUUAGAAUAUUAAUAAUACUACUACAGUACUAUAAAACUGUGUAUUGGUUCCAAAUAGUUAUCAAUGGAGGAAAUGAUGCAGUGUACGCUGCUGCAUUCUUCUUGAUUGACUAAAUGAACAAAAUCAGUGCAGGCAUCUAGUGUAGAUAAUGGACUGCCUUCAUACGAUGUUUUCUAUGAUCCUUCAAGUCUUUAUUUUCAUUGUAACAGUCAAGAUGAUUCAGUACCUUAAUUCUUCAUAGUCCCUAACUUGCUGAAGUAGUGAAAUCAUUUCAUUUUCCUGGCUGUAUCUGGUAUCUCUAAGCCUAAAUACUUGAAACCACAGCGAGCAAAACAGUUCUGAGUUGGGCUUGAUGCUUAUUCCUCACCAAGUUAUCAGUGACAAAAAUUACUGCUUUUUGAUAGAACACAUGCAACUGAUGCUAUUUAAAAAUUGUUCACUCUGAGCAUGGUAUGGCGUCUAAUGGUCACAUAAGUGCACGUGGUUGAUGCUAAUUAGAAACUGUUGGGCAACAAUAUCCUGUUCCAAUUAAGCAGCACAGUGUCUCAACUAAAUGAAGGGAAUUCUGACCACUUUCUCGAUUAGUUUUGGUUCUUUAAGAGACCCAUAUAAGCGGCUGCCCUAAGUAACCGAUGGCCCAGUUAACUGGAAUUCACUGUACACUGCUUGUAAAUUAAAGUAUUAAAAACAUUUCUAUAUUUUGAAGGAAAAAAUGGUCUGGAAUGGAUUACUCAGGUGCACAUAAAUUGAGGUUGGAAAUUGGCUUAUAAAUUUCAAACCUACUUUAGAUGGUGUUUGUGUUUCUAUCGUAUCCUGGAUUUAAUUAUUGUAUAUUUAAAAUGUCUUUCUUGCUAAAGUUUAAAUAUUGAUUAUUAUUGCUGACAUUUAAUUGUUUAGAACUGACUCUUAAUUAUCUCCUCCCAGACCAUUGUAAAUGCCAAAUUGCAAAUAUUUUUUGUUAACACAAGAGACUCUGCUGUAGGUUCUUAUUUUAAGUUGGCUCUUGCAGGAUUCUAGUUUUUACCUUGGCACUUUCGGUAAAGUUGUAUCUAAAUUGCUUGUAUUUGUUAGUGAUGAAAACUGUUUUAAAUUCUCAACUUGUUUUAUUUCUCUCUUUAUAUUGCUUAUAUAAAUAUGGUUUAUAAUAAUGUAAUUUGCUUGGUUCCUUUGUCAAUACAAGUGCCAAUACCUGCUGUUCAGAAACUUGAAAUGCCUUUGCCACUUAUUGAAAUAAGACUUGACUUUGCAUCUUACCAUUAAGCACCUUCUUCAGAGCAAUAUAAAAGUAAAAAUUCAUGAGCAAUAUCAUUCAGAAGGAACAGAUCUUAUUUUGAGUCUAUUGAAAAGCUUACUAUGCUGCAGCAGGGGAACCAUGUCAUUUUUUAAAAAAAGGAAACUUCUGGUUCUAGUCCAGAUAAAUCCGGAUUUUCCCACACUCCAGGGAAUAAAGGCAUAAUCUAUUCAACCUUUCUGUGUAACUCAGGCCCAAACCUGAGUCCUGGCAACAUCCUUGUGAAUUUUCUUUGCACUUUUUCAAUUUUAUUGAUACUUUUUCUGCAGGUAGGUGACCGGAACUGCACACAAUACUGCAGAUUAGGCCGCACCAAUGUGUUAUUCGGCUUCAACAUAACAUCCCAACUCCUGUUGUCAGUUCUUUGAUUUAUAAAUGUCAAUGUGCCAAAGCUCUCUUUACUAUCUACCCGUGACACAACUUACAAGGAAUUAUGAAUCUGUAACCCCAGAUUCGUCUGUUCACACUCCUCAAUGUCCUGCUGAUCACUGAUUAAGUCCUGCCCUGGUUUCCCCAUUUUUCCAGCUGAUCCACAUCACACUGCAAGCUUUGCUAGCCUUCCUCGCUGUCCACUAACCCCCAAAUGGUGGUGUCUUCUGCAAAUUUGAUGAUCCAGUUUACUACAUAUCACCCAGAUCACUGGUAUAGGUGACUAACAAUAUCCAGCACCGAUCCUUGCAGCACUCCUCUAGUUACAGGCAACCAUUUUCUACCACUCUGUGGCUUCUCCUAUGAAGAAUGUCUAAUCCAAUUUACUACCUCAUGCCAAGUGACUGUACCUUCUUUACCAAACUCCCAUGAGGGACCUUGUCAAAGGUCUUGCUAAAGUCUCUGUAGACAAUAUCCACUGUCUUUCCUUCAUCAACUUCCCUGGUAACUUAGACAUGACCUAAUUUGCAUAAGCCAUUUUAAUACAAUUUUUAGAGAGAAAAGGUUCUGCCUUUUAAAGCCCUUCAACUCUCUGAAUAUUUCUGCUUGAGAAGUAUAAGAAUAAUUUAUGUUUGCAAAUGACAAUGUGCUGAAUUAUUUGCUAUCUAUAAUACUUAAAAGAUUAAAAGAAAACAAAAUAGUAUUUAUUUACUUAGAGAUUCGAGUUCAAUUAUCAAAAUUCCAAGCUUACUAGGCUUAAAUGAAAUUGGUUCAUAAUAGUGCUAAACUAAUGCAUAUUUUCUUGUAGGGUUGAAAUCGAAUUUCAGUAGAAAAGAUGAAACACCACUUUCUGCUAUUCGGUGGUGAAGUUUUUCUCCAGUUAUAAUCAUGGUGUUCUCUUUAGAUGGGUGUUAAUAAAGCGUUCUAGUACAAAAAUCAUCUGAAAAUUCCAAUCAAGUAAUUCCCAACUGAAUUUAAAAGCAAAUCACUUUUAUUCCCCCUCAUUUUGUAACAGUAUCAGUUAAUGAGAUCAACAGACUACUGAGGCCCUGGUUUGUUUCUCGAUCUUGCCUGACAUUCAUUCUGUUUAUAUUAGACAUCUAGGUCAUCUACUCAAUAGUUGAGCUAGGGAUGUAAAGAAAGCUGUUUCAUUUAGGUGUUAGGGUCUUGUCAAUAAACUAAUUGACAAAGUGUAAAAAAUAUGAAGCCUGUAUCCUGGUUAAUUAGAGUGAUCAAUCAAUUUCUAGUCUCAAUCUUGGAUUGGCAACAGACCAUAGAUAGACUAAUACACUGUGUGAGACACUAGCUUUAGGAGAGGAUAAAGAAACCAAACGUCUUUGGGCAAAGCUUGCAAAGGUGCAGGCAUUUACACUUGUAUUGGUGGCACAGUGAAAUGAGCAUGAAUCUUGUUAAGCUACUAAGAUUGAAUAUUUACCAAAUGAGCACAAAAAUAAAAUCAUAUGUUGUUCAGGGACAAAGGUGUAUACCACAUAUAAUGUUUCUAUGUAUGUGAUUGAUUUUGAAUCCUCCAUUGUGGUAAAGUGAUUGUGUGCAUAAUUAGCCACAAGGUAGUUUUUGUUGCAUUACCAUUAUCUUUUAGCCCUUUUUAGAAAGUUUGUUAUGUCAUGAAUACUGUGCAUUAACUUUUUAUUAGGAUUGUGUAAAUCAAAAUAAAUAACCCAAGAGGAUGAAGGAAAUUGUUCUCAGAAGACUGCCUAAUGUAUUACUGUCACUGCCUGUGCUUCGUCAUGAGGAACAACUAACUUAACAAAGUAUUUUGCCAGCAUGUAAAAGAUAAUGGUAAUGUCUCCUUCGCUUUGUUUUUAAAUGACCAAUUUUCUGUAAUUGAGCAGAUACUAACAUUAGAAAGCAGUUCUAUUCCAGUUACAGAAAGAUCUUGUAACAUCUGAAUGGGUUGGAUUUUCAAUUGAAAUGGUGAUGUACAAAAUCAGGAUUCAAAAAUCGACAACUCGUCAAAUUUACUUUUUCCAGUUGCUUUUGUACAGUAGUUGUAUUUGUAUAUCAAGUUUUCCAUCUGCAAAUACUGUGUACUACUGAAAUUCUGUGUAAAUCCAAUGUGUUAAAACAUUUCAGGCCACUUUUCUUGCUGAACAGUGAACUUAAAUAAGAUCAAAGAGACCAGUUAUGUUUAAAAGAUUUUUGUAGAGAAUUACUACAAUGAAUGUGAAAAAUGUAGUAAGUAAUAUGUUCACCCAAAUUGGCUAGCAUAAUGAUUUAAAAUACCUAUAAAUUGUACUAUAUUUAAAUUGCUGGUAUACAAGAGUUUAUUGAGAAUGGACUGAACUUAAAUCUACUUGCCUUUUAAAAUACACUUGUGCCAGUCUGAAAAAUGUAUUCGUGUUGACAAAGCUAAUAAUUUGGCAGUGACAGAAACAUUCCAAUUUUUUUUUCAUAAAAGAUGUAGUAUACAGCCUUUGUAUUGAUAUCUUGUGCAUCCAGAAGUACACUUGAGAACUUCACAUUCUCCGACAGGAAUUAAAAUUAAUAGCUUAUUUGUAACAGUGCUAUUUUGUGAUCUUUCUAAGCAUAAGGAUUGCUUGUGACAUUUUCGUUACCUUUUUGUCAGCAGCUCCUUGUGUGAAUGUGGAGAGAAGGCUGUGUGUUUGCCUGCUGCUGGAGUGGGUGCAGUGGAGUGCUAUUGUCAGAAAUCAUUUAGCACUGGUGACAGAAACUGUUGUUCAGGGGAAGGUACUGAGUCAAAAACUUGAGUGUCUUUUUUGUUACUUUUCCAACUGAAACAACUAUGUGUCCUUUAUGGAGUUACAAAAGUAGCAAGGAUGGGUAUAACCAUAAUGCGCUUUGAUGGAAAGCAAGGUUUAUAAUACUUUGUACUCACACAAGCUGUCCCUCCCUUACUAAUGUUACCUUUGAAAUAGUUUGGCAAAGUGGUAUAUUUAUGAUAUACUGAGAUAUUGUUCUAAGAUUUGUAUUCUCCUAUGUUUAAAUUUUUUCUGGAAAAAGUACUCAAAUUUAUCAGGGUGUGGAUGCUAAUUUUGCAUUUGUAAAGCAACUGUUAUGAGGGUCAUACCGAAUUCAAGUUGUUGAAAUCUUAUUGCUGGUCAGGAGCGAAAAUAGGUGGAUCUCAAGUGGCAUAAGUGUUGUCAUGUCAGCACACUGCUAUCUGUUCUGUAGAGUUUCAUUAUACUGUGUUAAAAGUCUUAUAGUGAAAUGGAAAUAGAGUUGUGACUAAUCUUGCUACUAUCGAUACAACAUGCACAGUGAUGAUUAUUUUAAUUGUAAGAAACGUCCUGUCAGCUGUUUUAUUCUGAUUAAAAACUUUAUCUGGUGAUUAAAUACUUGAUUAACAAUUUUAAUUGCUAAAUGCAUUUGAUCAUUGUAAAAUCGAGCUUAUUUUGAAAUUUUUAAAGUUACUUGUUUUUAAUACAUUCCAAUAAAAUACCUUUUUGAACUGUCAA